AUGGCGCCCCAUGUCAAGAUCGAGCCUGAGCCAAGCGACGAACGAGCGGAUUGGAAGGAUUUGCCGAUGCUCACAACAAAUUACUCCGGCAGUAUCUUGGACCAUCCAAGUUUUCAGAAUGCUUGCAGGGCGGAGGCAGUCAUUCUGAAGCAGCUGCAAACGGCCCUUGACAAACUCCCGCGAGGCAAGAAGAGGAUUCGCCUGAAGAAGAAGCUAGAAAAGAUUCAAUUUCACAAUAGCCCAGCGAAGAGAAUCGUUGCUCUGAUCGGCAUCACAGGCUCCGGCAAGAGCAGCGUCCUUGGGGAGACUGUGGACGAUCGCGGCGUUGCGAAAACCAGCGGAAUCGGACGAGCGGUAACGCAUAUUGCUCAAGAAUACUCUCAGCGACCUGACAACUCCUCAUCUCCCUAUCGCCUCGUUUGCAAAUUCAAAACAGAGGACCAGCGAAGAGAGCAGAUGGAAACUCUUCUAGAUGAUUGGCGACGCCUUGACCUGGGAGGAAUAACCCCUGCGGACGGAGAAUUCAAAAUCAUCGAAGAAAACUCAAAAGCUGCCUUGAGUGUUAUCAGAACUGUUUUAGGCGGGGUGAAUGGUUUCAAUCUACAGCAUAUUGAGUAUGGAAAAAACGGGGUCACUCGACAGGCCGCACUUGCCGUGCUCUAUCGUUGGAUCGGACUAAUGCGAAUGCCAGAAGGAGCCUUACAAGACGGUAACUAUAGCCAGAAUUUUGAUGACACUAAAUCUCUCCAAAAAGCUAUUCACGAAUUUCAGCAAACUGGGUUAUGGCCGUUUGUUGGGAAUAUGAGUAUUUUGUUUGACUCGGAGGUACUUAAGGAUGGCUUGGUGAUUGCUGAUCUUCCAGGGUGCUUCGAUUCGAACCAUAUCCGCGCCAAAACGGCGGACGCGUAUCUCCCUAGAGCCCAGGAGAUAUGGAUCGUGGCAAACAUCACUCGCGCUGUUGACAACCCUGUCAUUGAGAGCAUCGCAGACCGCUACUUUCGAGGGCUCGAAGACGUUGGCGAUCUGCAUCAGCCAAUCGUCAAUAUCAUCUGCACCUUUGCCGGAGAGAUACCAGAUGAUAUAGAUUGGGUAGCCGAAAAUCUCAUUGAUGCCGACACUCUACAACAGGCCGAAGACGAAUAUGCGGAUGCCGAGGAAAGUGGAAUAUCCCAGGAGAUCGCCCUGGCCGAGCACCACCUUCAAAGCCUCAAAAUGAAGGCACGUAACGACAAGGUCACCGCAGAUAUCAUAGAGGAAUGGUCGAGUACCUUCGGCCCGAAUCAGUUGAAAGUUUUUUGUGUUGACAACAAAAUGCAUCGACAAGGCGGGCGAGCCAAGGAGAUCAGUGGCAUUCCCGAGUUGAGACAGUACAGUUCGAACAUAAUGGCGCAGGUGGUAUACAAGAAUGCUAUGGAAUCCCUCUGCGUACAGACUCCUGCCUUGAUCACAUCUUUUCAGACGUACAUCGACAUGAUGAAAAAUCCCUCUUCCUCCCAGGAAAAGGAGGCCGCCUUUGGCGAGAAAGAAAUUCAGACCUCCACGAUCCAGUGGGCCGAGUGGGAGGCAUCUGUAUCUGGUGGCUGCGCUCUGGUAACAUCAACUGCCAGGGAAAAUAGCGCCUCCAUAACACAGUCUGCACGCAUGCAUCUCAAAAAGUGGGAAAGUCUCCCUUAUCCAACUAUUGGGGCAUUCUUCCGACGGGAUGGAAUCCAUAAGCCCAAAGGAUCGCUCGUGCAGGUCUCAUGGUGUGCCCAACUUCUGGGAUGCAUACUGAGCGAGAUAAGAUCUACAUUCCGGAAGCUAGACAAAUGCGCCAAAUCAGCCUGGACGACGAUCAAGGCGAAGAUGAUAGAACGAUUUGAGAAUCACGAGGGCCAAUACGAGGACGGAGAUGGUCUUGACACGGUUCUUCGCCUACUAAGGAGUCGGAAGAACAAUCUAAAAGUUCAACUAGACCACGAACAAGAAAAUUUCACUCAGCAGCUGCUCCAGAUCAAACGAAAGGCCGUAAGCAGUGACACCGAAUCCUACAUUUUCAAUAUCAUGCAGCCCACUUUCCAGCAAGGCAAGGUAGACUUUGGUAAGUUGUAUGCCUGUACCAAAUCUCCUCACACACUGACCAAUUCAGGCCCCGGGGUCAAGCUGCGGAACGUGGAGCGACUCCGGUCAGCAAUCGAGGAUGGCGCUUUCCUCGUGGCGUAUGCAAACAAGGUCGACAAAGCAUGCGAAGAGCUGAUUGAUGCGACUAGACUCAGAUUUCACGCAGUCAUCAAAGACGUCGCCGAUGACAUCAAAGCAGAUCUAGAGCCGGUGAUAGCUGCCCAGGCGGCGGAUUGCUUCUUCCAAAAAGACCCACUCCUCCAGGGCGAGUUGGAUGCGUUCAUGUGGGACAUCACUCUCAAGAAGGAGGAGAUGGAUUUGAAUAUCGAAAGUGCAAAGGCGUUGGGGCAAGAGCUAUGGGGAUCUGACAAAGUCACACCGAACCAUGGUUAG